CCUGGUGCCUAGAGUCUGCAGAGAGAUAUAUAACACUGCGUUCUCACCUAGUUUCAAUGAGUGUCGCGGGUUUGGUAGAGAUACUAACUCCUCGAACAGGGGGUCUACAUUCACCUUUGCGUGGGACAUCUCGCUCAGCAGCAACCAUGGCGGAAUCCGUCGUCCUUCGCCAGCGACUCCUCAAGGAUGUCACUGAGCUGCAAAGGGAUCCAUACCCCAACAUCUCCCUGUACCUGGACGAGAAGGAUGUCACCAAAGCCUGCUUAAUCCUAACCCCGAAUGGCGGCGACCCGCUGCACCUGACAAUUCAAUUCCCGGAGAGAUAUCCUCUCCUUCCGCCGACAAUAUCUAUCCAGAGCCAGAUCGAACAUCCCAACAUCUUCGGUAGCUAUAUUUGCGCGUCUAUGCUUAAUACUGAGGAGGGGUGGACUUCCGCAUACACUCUCAAGGGAAUAGCCAUCCAGCUACUGAGCUUCUUCUCCAGCGAGCGAAUUGAGCAAGAGUAUGGUGGCCAUAUCGAGCUCGCAACCUAUCGACGUAAUGGCUACGGAUACCGCGCUAUACCACAGCACCCACGUCCUUACACGUGCAAUGUUUGCAUAUUUGGCAAUCGGGCUAUGCAUCAGGAGCUGCCUGGCCCGAUGCAGGACGUUACAGCCAUGGAUAAAGAGGAUGGAAACCUCCCCCAAGACGUAAACCAAAAAUGUGGAUUGUUCAAACUCUCCGAUGAGGUCGUCCUUCUGAUUUUGGAUCAACUGGGCACGGCGGACAUCUUCUCUUUUGCCGAUGCAAUACCUUCCCUUACGGCACUGCUUAAUUCCUACGACUUCAUCCGCACCCGAGAGCUGGUGUGCUUUUGUCUCAAGAAGAGCUUUAUGGACACCAAGCUCGGCAUCGGCGUCUCCAUCAAGAGCAGAGGGCGCCGACCAGUCUUCCAGACUGAGUUUGACCUCCUCUCCAACGAGGCUUUCACGAUGCUCAAAGUGCGUAAAUCGAUCCUAGGCAUGCCGUUCAACUCUUGGCUUCCGCUUCCGUUGUCCCGGCGUCACUGGAAUCUAGUCAGACUCGAUGCAAUGCAUUCCAUAGGUUCAUUGCGGAAGGCUGCACACAUGGAGCAGUCAAGCAAAGUGGACGUGCUGUACCACUUCAUGAACAACAUCGUAGUCCAGUUUUCCAACGAUGCGGAAGGCUCGGAUGCGCGGAGCACGCUCACUCAUGCGUCGGAGAAAGCUGUGGAAGCGUACUUCGCGCUUUUCCACCUCCUUCUUUGCAGUGCCACUGAGGACCCCGCUAUCGUCAAUGGCGCAAAUGCAACAGUGGCGAAUUUUCUAACUGGCCCGCGCAACAAGACAGUCUUCCCGGAUCUUGGACAUAUGCUUGUGGCUGCCCUGGUCUCCGACGCUGGCUUAACCGAAGAAUUGACGUUCACAAUCAUCAAGGAGGCUGUCCUGCGUAAUGUCGUAUGGAUGCUUGACGUUAAGGGCGCGAACAUGCCAGAACUUGCGUACCUCGAGCCGUCUGCCAUUUCUGAAUAUCGCCUUGCCAAGACUUUUGAAGCAUCAAAGACAUCCUACCGUCUGCUGAUGUUCCUCAAGCUCUUCAGCUCCACAGCCCGUAAUCCAGGCAAGUCGCUCGACCAGCUAUGUGACGCACUGUUCGAUACGCAUGGAGCACCUCCACCUGGAACGUCUGCGUGGAUGGCCGGUGAAAUCCGGCGUAUUCGAGACAUCAAUGGGUUUCCGGCUUUCUUAAAAAUGAUGGGGAUCAAGCAGAUGCCAACUAAGGAGGUGUUUACAGCGUACUUAAGAAAGACGAUCAUAGAGAGCGUGGAGCAGGGGUAUUCCGUCAUGCAUUUCCCACAGAUUCAGGCGUAUGUGAUAAGGAAGAGAAAAGAGCCGGGUGUAGAGAUGUCUAAGGAAAUUCUUGAGGUUAACCCAACCACCGUGGACUGGCAGCUUGCAGAUAGUGGAUAUGUGGCGAGUUUCUUUCCUGGGCGGAUACCACCUCAGGGCCGUGGAGGCAGAGGUGGUGGCUGGAGAGGAGGCCGUAGUAAUUGGAGGGGAGGCAGUGGUGGACGUGGAUAUGGGAGGGGAGGUAGGUCAUAGUGGGUUGUAUGGCUGCCAGUCAUUUUCAGCCGAUAGAAUUAUCCCUACAGAAGACCAUACUAGUUGGAUGCUGGGUUGUGUGGUCACCUCGAACGAUGAGGUUCCAUGUUAGCAAGGAGAAGGAAACCUGUAGCUGAUCGAGGAUGAAGAGAGUACACCUAUGAAUGAAACCAUUCAAACGGACAAAGAACUAUUAAGCUAGUGUAAGGAUGGGACAGUAAGUAGCACGGAUAGCACUGAUAGCAAGGUCUUGGAGAAAUAGGAGUCAUUUGCGCACCAAAAAUUAC